ACACACGCUGACACGCACACACCUUCUGCACUCUUAUCGAUAUCAAAGAAACCUCUGAUAUCAAUCUCUAACACUAGAUACUAUAUUAAAAAAAAAUAUCUAUAUAUUAAUGUAACAGAUUUUGUUAAUCAUCUAAAUUAUAGGAUUCUGUUUGCCUGAAUUAUAGUACAGGAAGCAGAGCAGAGUUUGAUCAAAGAUGGCGGGCUCGGCUUCUUCACAACCGCAGUUUAUGUCUAGCAUGAACAAUAUGGGGAAUUCUUCGUCAAAUGAACCUCUCAUGGAGGAUUCUGAUGUCAAUAAAAUUGUUGUUCCUGAGAGGACAAGCUGGAAGAAUCUGUUUGCCUAUAUGGGACCAGGAUUUUUGGUUUCUAUUGCAUAUAUUGAUCCAGGAAAUUUUGAAACAGAUCUACAGGCUGGAGCAGAUCACAAAUUUGAGCUUCUCUGGAUCAUACUAGUGGCUUCAAUUGCUGCCUUAAUUAUCCAAUCCAUGGCAGCAAACCUAGGAGUUGUAACAGGCAAACAUUUAGCAGAGCACUGUAGAACUGAAUACGAAAAGGUGCCGAAUUUCAUUUUGUGGAUUCUUGCUGAAAUUGCCAUAGUUGCGUGCGACAUUCCUGAAGUGAUAGGAACAGCAUUUGCUUUGAACAUGCUUUUUCAUAUACCAGUGUGGAUUGGCGUUCUUCUCACAGGACUUAGCACAUUGGUUCUACUAGCAUUACAGCAAUAUGGGGUGAGGAAACUUGAGUUCCUGAUUGCUUUCCUGGUAUUUACAAUUGCUGGAUGCUUUCUAGCAGAGCUUGGAUACGCAAAGCCAGUUGCUUCAGAAGUCUUAUAUGGACUUUUUGUUCCUCAACUCAAAGGAAGUGGUUCUACCCUUGUGGCAAUUUCACUGCUUGGUGCCAUGGUUAUGCCCCACAAUCUUUUCCUCCAUUCAGCUCUAGUGCUUUCCAGAAAGGUACCAAGAUCUGUGAAGGGCAUAAAGGAGGCUUGCAGAUUCUACAUGAUAGAAAGUGGAAUUGCUCUGGUGGUGGCCUUUCUGAUUAACUUGUCAAUUAUUGCAGUAAGUGGUUCAGUUUGCAGUUCUCCGAAUUUGAGCCCAGAUGAUGUGAAGAGCUGUCAAGAUUUGACUUUAAACAGAGCAUCCUUUUUGCUUAGAAAUGUUUUAGGCAAUUGGAGCUCCAAACUUUUUGCAAUUGCCUUGCUUGCCUCUGGGCAAAGUUCAACAAUAACUGGAACUUAUGCUGGCCAGUACGUAAUGCAAGGAUUUCUUGACUUACGACUGAAGCCAUGGCUUAGGAAUUUAUUAACUCGAAGUUUGGCUAUUGUCCCUAGUCUAAUUGUUGCACUCAUAGGUGGUUCAUCUGGGGCAGGGGAGCUGAUUAUAAUUACAUCGAUGAUCUUGUCAUUUGAGCUCCCUUUUGCUCUUGUUCCACUUCUAAAGUUCACAAGCAGCAAGACAAAGAUGGGGUUAUAUGCCAAUUCUAUUGCGCUCGCAGCAACUACCUGGAUAAUUGGCUUCCUAAUAAUGGGCAUUAACAUAUAUUUCCUGGUGGACAAGUUGAUUAGUGUGCUAGUUCAUAGCCCCCUGAAAGUCGUGGGCAAAGUAUUUUGCGGAAUAUUAGGAUUUUCAGGCAUGCUGCUUUACUUGGCUGGGAUUGCAUAUCUGAUUAUACGGAAAAACAAAGAAGCUUCACAUCUUUUGGCACUAACAACACCAGAGAGUCGACAGAUGGCUAACGAGGCAGGCAAUGCAUCAGUGUAUAAUUUGCCCAGAGAUGACAUAGUGAGCAUGCAAUUACCUCAGAGGACUACAACUACCGAUGUCGACUAAGGAAUGGCUGGUCGGUGAUUUAUCAAGUUAAUUUACUUAAUUUCUACUAAUGUAGUUGCUUUAUUAGCUAAAUAAUAGCUUCUAGGCACAAAUCCGUGUUAAGAGUAAAGCCACUUAUAAUAAGUCCAUAUAUGCUAAAUUUAGAGUACUUAUCUUCCCAA